CUCCCCACUGCUUCAUCUCCCGAUCGAACAGAGGCGCAGGUGGAGGCAUAGGAGGCGGCGCGUCACGGCGGCCGUCGGAGGAGGAGAUGACGGAACCGCGGCGCCGACGUCCGGGCGAAGCAGCGCCCUCGUAUGGUGAUUUUGAUGGGUUGUUUACUGUUAAGAUACACCACAAUGGGUUUUUCUGUGGGAGUGAGAGCAACAAGACUUACAAGGAUUAUGAGGUUGACUGGUUUGACAUGUGUGAGAGUGACACAUGGUCAAUGCUAUGGAUCAAGGACUUUUUUUCACAAUUAGGAUAUGACAUGGCAGCCUCCAAAAUAGAUGUGUAUUGGUGCCAACCAGGGAAGACAAUUGCUAAUGGCCUUAAGCUUCUGACUUGUGAUGCAGAUAUGGUGCUGAUGAUUACUGCAACAGUAGAGCACAAGAACCUAGUGCUUGUAGUAGAUCAUGGUGAAACCCCGCAGUCAACAGAUGAUGAUAUUUCAAUUACUGGAGUGACAGAACUGUCGAAGGUCAUUACUCCCAUAAAACCCAAUGGAAAAGAAAAUGUUAGCUGGUCAGAGAAAGGAAAUAGUCCAAGAAAGGAGGUACCAAGGAAAUCAAAGAGGAGGAUGUCAUAUGGUGAAGGAUCAAGUUCAGGGUUUGAAGUUGAAGUGGAGGAGGAAUGUGAGGGUGAUAGUGAGAGCAAUGAAGAAGAAGGUGAUGUUGAAGAAGAGUUAACAGAUAAGGAUUUUUAUGAGAGUGACUAUGAUGUUAAAGAUGGUGAUGAUGACUUGUUUGAGGAAAAUGUUGACAAAGAUGUAGAUGAUCACAGAGAAAAGAAUGAAUUUGCUCACUAUGAAGCAGAACUUCCAGAAGAUGCAUUGGAGGACAGUCAUUUGAAUAUGUCAACAGCAGAGAAAGAGAAGCUGAAGCAUAAAUUCAGUGUUUUCAACCCUAGCACAGACCUAAAUGCACCAGUGUUUAAGCUUGGGAUGGUAUUUGCAAACAUGAUAGAGCUCAGACAUGCUCUCGAUGCAUAUAGUGUCAGAAAUAGAGUGAAGGUGAGGAAGCUCAGAAAUACUAACAAGUCAUUAGAGGCUAUAUGCAAGGAUGACUGUAUUUGGUAUUUGAAGGCAGGCAAAGACAACAGAUCUAGCAGUAUUCAGAUCAAGAAGUAUACUGACAAGCACACGUGCACAAAAGCUUGGGACCUGAAAGUUUUUACAGCUCCAUUUCUUACUAAACAGUUUAAAGAAGAGUUCAAAGACAAUGAGAAAAUGCCCUUAAGGAAAUUUUCAGAGAAGGUGGAACAAGAAUUUAACUUAGUGGCUCACAGGAGUAAGUUGGGAAGGGCAAGAAGAGCAGCUGUGAAACAAAUCAGGGGAGAAGAUGAUGAUCAGUACAACACUUUGUGGGACUAUGGGCAGGAGCUAAGAAGGAGCAAUCCAGGGAGUGAAUUCUUCUUAUGCACAAAGGAGGUUUUUGAUGAGAAAACAAAGAUGACAAAGGACCACUUCUCAACAUUAUACUAGUCUUAUGAUGCUUGUAAGAGAGGGUUUUUGAAGGGCUGCAGACCAAUAAUUUUCCUUGAUGGAUGCCACAUCAAAACAAGAUAUAAGGGAAAUAUACUCACAGCAGUUGGGAUUGAUGCAAAUGAUUGUAUCUUCCCUAUAGCAUUUGGCAUAUGUGAAGUGGAGUCAACACACAGUUGGGAGUGGUUUCUAUCCUCUUUGAAGGACGACCUUAAUAUAACAAACACUUCACCCUUCACCAUUAUGAGUGACAAGCAGAAGGGUUUGAUAAAUGCAGUGCAGAAAGUUUUCCCUCAUGCAGAACAUAGGAACCGUGUUAGGCACAUUUACCAAAAUUUCUACAAAGUGCAUAAGGGUGAACAACUCAAGAAUAACCUCUGGGCCAUAGCAAGAUCCACUAAUGAAGCUGCCUACAACAGAAACAUGGAUCAGAUGAAAGAUCACAGCUUUGCAGCAUUCUGUUGGGUUGAGAAGUUGUCCCGAAGAACUUGGAUCAAAGCUUUCUUUGAUCCUUUUUGCAAGUGUGAUAUAUUGCUAAAUAACAUGUCUGAAGUGUUCAACAGCUAUAUUUUGGAUGGUAGAGAAUUGCCAAUUAAAUCAAUGUUGGAUUACAUAUUCUGGAAGAUAACAAACAGAAUUGUUGGUAAGCAAAGGGAGGCAGCAAAGUGGACAGGCAGGCUUUGCCCGAAGAUACAGAAGAAACUGGACAAGUAUGUGGAGUGGGCAAAAAACUGCAGGGUGAGGGAGUAUGGAAGAGGUGUAUUUCAAGUUAUCUCAUUGAAUAACACAUACAUUGUUGAACUGAACAUGCACAGCUGUAACUGCAAAAGGUGGGAACUAUCUGGCAUACCUUGCCAUCAUGCAAUUGCUUGUUUUAGGCAUGAGAGAAUUGAGCCAGAGAGCAUGGUGCAUUCAUGCUACACUGUUGCGGAGUACAAGAAGUGUUAUGGCUUCAACAUGAUGCCAAUGAGGGAUCCAAAGCAAUGGGAAAAGAUGCAUGGCAUUCCAGUUCAUCCACCAAUAUACACCAAAGUAAUGGGCAGGCCAAAGAAAAAUAGAAAAAAAGAUCCAGAGGAGAAGAAAGAUCAGAAAGGAGUGAAGAAGUUGACUAAGCAUGGUGUCACUAUGCAUUGCUCUGUUUGUGGGGCUGCUGAUCAUAACAAGAAAGGUCCCCACAAACAUGUCAAUCAACCACCUACUGAGGAAGCACCUGAGGAACCAGAAGAAGAUGAUGAUCCUAGCAUAAUUGCUAACAUUAUGCCACACAGAGUGUACCCACAGCUUGAUCCAACACAAACUCCAGACUCCAUGGUUUACAAGAUGCAGCAAAGUGUACAGUAUUUACAACUCCCCCUUUUGUCUUAUUUUGGUAAAUUGCUUACUUUAUUUACUUUCUGACUUUAUAUGUUUACUGUAUUUAUUCCUUGGAGAGGAAAAAUUCACAUACCCAACUCCUAUGGAAUUUGGUCCCUUGCCUGAGUCUAGCUUCAUUGCGAAUGCUAGAGAGACAAUCCCUGUAGGCAGGGUGACAACUGCAAUGACAAGGGGCGGCGUGAGGAGUGCAACUACUACAACAAGCAAUAUAACAAGAGGAGGCUCUGCCCAAAGGGGAGGCAAUAAUGCAAGAAGAGGGAGAGGGGCAAGAGGAAGCAAUGGUGGAAGAAGAGGAGGCAAUGUUUCAACAGCUGCAACAGGAAGCACUGUUGCAACUGGAAGCAAUCCUCCCAGAGGAGCAAGGGUUGCUGCUCCAGGAUCUUACAACUUGCUGUUUGGAACGGAUGGAGCUGUGAACCAAGAACCACCUCUUUUUAUGCAGGAUGAAGAGGAGGUAAUUGUGAGCCAAAAUGCACCACAAGUUGCUCUGUUUCGUGAAGGCUGGCCUGAUGACAUGCAUGACUUCUUGUCUUUGUAGUUUUCAUGACCAUGUGAUGAAGUUCAUGAAUGAACUUUCGGUAGGCAUAGUUCAUCAAUGAACUACUCCUUGAUGGGGUUAAGCACUGCUCCUUUUGAUCCUAUAUUUAUGUUAUGAAGACAAAUGAACUUGUAGUUUCGAGCAAUAUCUAUUCGAGGACCUCUAUCUAUUCCUGUUAAUUAUGGAUGAUAUUUUGUUUGGAGUUAUAUCUAC